AUGGUUCGCUCUUUUUUUCCUUGUGCACGUAUAUUUUAUUUAUAUAUUUCAACUAUUUUUGUUGCAGAUGACAGAAGAACUUGUUAAUGAAAAACCGCUGCCAAUUUCAUCGCAAUCAGAUAGUGAAAAGGUUUGUUGGGGGGAUUUUUUUUUUAAAUAUCACUAUAGCAACUAUGUAUGUAAAGAAGGAUAAUACGGAUGAAUUGUCAUAGCAUUUUUGAUAUAUCCAAAUUUUUAUACUUUUUUCAAUCGAUAAUGGGCUUAUGAAGAUUGAAAAUUGUUUUCACCAGAAAACUUUUCAAAAAUAAUAUUUUUCGAAAAAUUUUGGUUUUAGUUCUCCCGAUGGUUGUAGAUCAAAAGAUCAAGAGAUCAAAAUAUAUUUAUUUUGAAAUGUUUGUAUCUUUAUAAUGACUCUCGAAAACAGUUUUUGUUAUGAUGUUUCUAAAAAUGCGAACUUAUUUUUCGAGAUUUUCAAAAAUAAAUUAAGAGCGUAGUGAUUUCUAGACUAUUUGAUUUAAAAUACUUUGCUGAAAAAAAGAUUUACCGAAUAGAAUGUAAAAAAUUCUAUGACAAAAUCGGAUUAUACUUUUUUCAAAACAAUAUAUAUUUUUUUCCUAGAUGAGAAAUCGAACUACGUCAUCGACUUGUUCUGAUUUGGUACCAAUAACUGACGAUUUCACCGAUCGCCCAAAACCAGCUCAACCAUUCGAUAAAGAACACGUCAAAAAAUUGAUGGAAAGAUGGAGAAGUGUUGCUCGCCGAGCACAACGAGAAUAUAUUGAUCCUUGGGAGCAAUUCAAUAUCCAAGAAUACCCAAUUAUUCGAGCAAAACGUCAUCGAUAUUCAGCAAUUCGUAAACAAUGGACUGAAGAUUUUGUCGAAGUUCGAAUUCAUCCGGAGCCAUUUGCUAGAGGUGCAAUGAGAGAAUGUUUUCGAAUGAAGAAAUUGUCAUCGAUAACGGGGAAUAAUAAUUGGGCUCAUGCGCAGAAUUAUGUUGCAAAACGAUAUAUGCAAAACGUUGAUCGUCGCACACUUUUUGAUGAUGUGAAGUUGCAAAUGGACGCGAAAUUAUGGGCGGAAGAAUAUAAUCGAUAUAAACCACCGAAGAAAAUUGAUAUUGUUCAAAUGUGUGUUUUGGAAAUGAUUGAUUUGCCUGAAUCUCCUUUGUAUCAUCUGGAGCAUUUUAUUGAAGGAAAUUAUUUGAAAUAUAAUUCGAAUUCUGGAUUUGUUUCAAAGGAUGCGCGACUUACACCACAGGCUUUUUCACACUUCACUUUUGAAAGAUCUGGACAUCAAUUGAUGGUUGUUGAUAUUCAAGGCGUCGGUGACUUAUAUACAGAUCCACAGAUUCAUACUGUUGUUGGAACAGAUUACGGUGAUGGUAAUCUUGGAACUCGAGGAAUGGCGCUAUUCUUCCGAUCACAUAAAUGCAAUUAUAUUUGUCAUGAUAUGGAUUUGUCCGAGUUUGAGUUAUCGGAAAAUGAACACGCUGAAUUGAUGAGAACCCGUGUAACAUCUGCAUCUGGAACGGUUUAUAAUCGGAAAAGAUUGACUAGCGAGAACAUCAUCCCUGUGGAUAAUCGUAUUUCAAUGGAAGCUUUGAGACGGGUCACUGUAUCGAUUUCACAUGAAACUGAUAGUGAUUCAAGCGAUGAACACGACGAUGAUUGUGUUUGUUCGGAUUGUAUUCCUGAAAUUGAAGAUUUAUCAGAUAAUGUUUGUGAUAGUGAAGAUGCUCGAUCAGUUACUUCGAAAUCUAGCAAAAAAAGUGGAUCAAAUCAUGAAGAGGCUGCUGAACAUUUGAGACCAAGAAAGGUAAGGUUUUGGGUUCACAAAAUGAAAACUGUGAAAAAAUUUGAUUUUGAAUUUUUGUCAAAUUUUCCUAGUUGUUCUGAAAAAAUCUUUCUCCGAAAACAUUUCCUAUGUCUAGACUCUAUAAGAUCUUCAAAAUUGCAAUUUUUUCCAGGUCGGUUUCCAUGAUUUGAAAGUAAUCCGCCCUGAUUCUGGACAUUAUGAUAGCUUGAGCAUUCAUAGCUCACUAGAUGCACAUUCACUAAACAGCUCAAGAAUCACUGGAGAAACUGAAAGAGAAGAUUUCUGGAAAAACGCAAGAAAAAUGUCGAUUCCUGCAAAUAUUGCUGCGUUAAGAGAUGUCGCGGCUCUUCAACAACAAGAAGUUCAAAGUCAUCAUUUCUCAGUUCUCGGUCAAAUUCAUAUUGAUUUAUGUCGAUAUCAUGAACUUGGAAGGUUCAUCGAAGAAGAGAAUGCUGACGCGAAUAAAAAGGCUGGUUUAGCAACAUCUUCGGCUCAAGAAAAUAAAAGUGCUGACCUUGGAGCUAUAAAUUAUGAUAAAGAAUCGGCUGUAUUCCAUCUAGAUGUGGCUAGAAAAUGUGGUGUUUUGGAAGCGGUUCUCACAACUGCUAACAUUGCUCUUGGAAUGAGCCACGAGUUAUUGAAAGAUGUUACAACUGAUGAUUUAUUUGGGGAUGAUGAUGGGAAGGAAAAUAUUGAUCUCGAAGAAUUCGGAGCUGAUUUAAUGGAAACUGCUGCUGAAAUGGGUGACAAAGUCGCAAUGUUAUAUAUGGCAAAAGCAUAUGAAACUGGACAAAAUUUGGGCAAAUCUCGACAUACUGAUUAUAAAAAAGCUGUUGAUUGGUAUCAAAGAGUUGCCGGAUUUCAAGAUGAUGAUGAGGAAAAUCAGAGUUCUAGUCCAAUGGCUAGACAUGAAUUAUUGGCAAAGAUGGCGGAAAUGUAUAAGGAAGGUGGUUAUGGUUUGACUCAAGAUUUUGAACGUGCUUAUAAUUUGUUCACUGAAGCUGCUGAUGCUGCAAUGGAAGCGAUGAAUGGAAAAUUGGCGAAUAAAUAUUAUGAAAAAGCUGAAAUGUGUGAAUAUUAA